AUGGACUUCGUACCAACUAUCGCAUCUGUGUCGCUAGGUCAUCCCACCAUUCACCCUAUAACUACACGACUCUCCGCUGCGGCACGCCAUGGCUUCAAAAACGUGGAAAUUGUGGAAGCCGACAUCCUCGAGCAGGCAAAGGCCUUGCGGUUGGACGAUUCCGAGAGUGGCCAAAUGGAAGCCGCCAAAACCGUGCGGGCGACGUGUGAUGUGCUUGGUCUGAAAGUCCGAGUGUUGCAGCCAUUCUGGUUCUACGAAGGGCUCCUCGACAAGGCGGAACAUUUGGCCAAGAUUGAGAAAUUGAAGCUCUGGCUUAAACUGGCAGCUAUCCUGGGCACCCAGACCAUCCAAAUCCCCACGAACUGGCUGACCUCAGGAACGACUGGCGAUCUCGAGGUUAUCGUGGGCGAUCUCGCUGAGAUGGCUGAUCUAGGCCUCAAAGAGGACCCCGUUGUCUCUUUUGCCUAUGAAGGCGUCGCAUGGGGAACUCACAUCGACACCUGGCAAGGCACGUGGGACGUUGUGAAAAAGGUUGGUAGACCUAACUUCGGGCUGUGUCUCGAUACGUUCCAUAUUGCCGGGCGAGUAUGGGGCGAUCCCUCUGUACCGUCGGGAAUGAACGGAGACGCAGACAAGGCACUCGAAGAGUCCUUGGAGGAGAUGGUCCGGGAUCUUGACGUAGACAAGAUCUUCUAUGUCCAACCCGGCGACGCCGAAAGGUUGGGUCGGCCUCUUGUCCCCGGUCACCCGCUUUACGCUGCGGAUCAGAAGCCACGCAUGACUUGGUCAAGGAACGCACGAUUGUUUGCUUACGAGCAACAUCUCGGUGGGUAUCUACCGGUAGAGCAAAUCCUGGAGACCCUGGUUAUAAGGAUGGGUUAUCGAGGCCUGGUCAGUGCCGAAGUCUUCUCCCGACACCUAUUCGAUCCUAGACCCGAGAUUCCGUCCGAAUUCGCCGAUCGAGCUGCCAAAUCAUAUAGAAGAAUGAUUGAAGCUCUGGAGCAGCGGUCUGGUCGAAAAUAG